AUGGGGAAUAUAGGUAACUCACUCCAUCUAAACCUCUGCCUAUUAGCAGAAAACAAAAACAAAAAAACAGAUCGAUCUGCCCUUCUCUCCCUCUUUCUCUGUCUCACUCAGCACCCAAAGGCCGAAACUAUUAUGGCUACUAGCGGUAAUGGUGGUCGGCCUUUCCCUGAGGAUUUAGCGGUGGAUAUUCUACUCAGGUUGCCAGUGGAGUCCUUGUUGCGAUUCAAAUGUGUCUGCAAGAAAUGUGCCCCACAUGAUUCCCAUCCGAUCACUUUUGUUUCGGUUUCAGAUGCUAGUGUACUUGAAAAUCCACCUGAUUAUCUCCAGGGCUUUAGAGGUAUGACGUACCUUUUAGGUUCUGUGGAUGGCUUAUUUUUGUUGGAGCGAGAAAUCGAUGGCAGCAUAUUCAACAUCUCCUUGUCAUUGUGGAAUCCUGCCACCAGGGAAGUGAGGCCCCUUCCUGCAGCCAACUUCGAGCUUCAACCAUCUUUCAAACAAAUGGACCGUCAGUUUGGGUUCGGAUUAGACCCCAUGACUAAUGACUACAAGGUUGUUUGGUUUCGGUCUUUCUGGGAUGACAUCGGAAAUCAUAAUAUCCCUCGACAGUAUGCAGCAGUCUAUUCUUGUUCUAAAGAUUCGUGGAGAAUCCUUGAACCUACAAAUCUCAUACAUGAAUUCUGUGUAGAAGCCUUUGGUACUGCUUAUUUAAAUGGAACUUAUUAUUGGCUGCUAGGCGGCGGGAGUUGUGCUUCUAAUGAUUGUAGUGUUCUUUUAUUUGACUUUGGCAAUGAAGUGUUUGUAGAGAUUGGAGGGCCAGAUGUUGGGCGCGCUUUCAAUCAUCGCAAUGUGAGACUGGUAUUGCUUGAUGACUUCAUUGCCCUCAUGACCGUUGUUGAAGGAUUUGUUUGUGAUAUAUGGGACUCAGACGACGAGGAAUCUCGGAUUUCGUCAUCCAGGCCUGAGGAGAACCAUCUGGAAAACCACAGAUGGUUGUUCCGUUCAUUUUUAUAA